AGCAUGCCUAGUUUAGCCACCUCAACACCCCAACAGCUGCAGUCACUUAACAUGAACGGUGAAGACAAGACAAGAAAAAAGACCAGGACCUGUAUCUUGACGUCCCGGCUACAUUGCAAGUCCUCCCAGAAAGCAGUCUCCAAUGGACUUCGCCCAGAGGAACUAAUCCAGUGGUCACAGUCUUUGGAAAGACUUCUUGCAUCAAAAUAUGGCACGGUAGUAUUUAAAACCUUUCUGAAGUCAGAAUUCAGCGAUGAGAACAUUGAGUUCUGGCUUGUAUGUGAGGACUACAAAAAGAUCAAGUCUUCCUUCCGAAUGUCAUCCAAGGCCAUGAAGAUCUACAAGCGAUACGUUCAAGCAGAAGCUCCAAGAGAGAUCAACAUCGACCACAAAACCAGAGAUCUCAUCAGACGAAACGUGAAAACUCCCUCCACUGUGUGCUUCGACGAGGCCCAGAGGAUUGUUUAUGGGCUGAUGGAGAGAGACUCUUACCCUCGCUUCAUCCGGUCCGAUGUGUACAAGACUCUACUCCACUCCACGUGAAACUCACAUUUGUACAAAUGGGUCCGGUCAGAAUUUUGACCAAUGCAAUAGAAUAGGCAGCUGUUUUGAAGUUAAAGUUUUAAUGGGUUAUAUAUCUGGAUGGACAAUCUGGGUACUCUACUGGGUGUAGAGAUCAUUGAUAACCCUGAGAAAUAUCCAGAACUUGUGCUUUUUGAGAGUCACUGUUGAAAGUGAAAGUUCCUUUACAUAGGGACAUUUUAAUCAAGCUGGGGACUUGUGUCAAAGAAGUGGAAACUGUUAGGGACUUUCUCCCCUAAUGUGAAAAGGAAGUUCCCCAGGAGAACAAUCUACAAUCGUUCAAAUGUAGCGCAUAUCCACUGCAACUGCAUGAGCUGGCAUCUUCAGUUGUAUGUUAACCAGUUCAGUAGCCGUUACAGCAUUUGUAGAUUGCAAAUAAAUGUUGUAAGUGGCUAUGAUGUAAGCUAAAAAAGAAGAAAUAAACAUGUUGGCUAGUUUAUGAAGAAGUGUUUAUACAAUUGUAAAAUGUUUUAAAUCUUUUGAAAAUGAUGUAAUAUAAUGUGGUGAAAUAGUAUCUCAGUUCACCAUCACAAAAGUGAAAUUAACUGAAUUGAAUCUGAAAAGCACUUUAAUAAUGUAAUUCACUGUAAUUCAAGCAAUUUUUACAGUUUAAUACAGAUAAACUGAAUAAAAUAUUCACAAGAAGUUUGAUGUUUU